UGAAGAUUUUAGCACAAUGUGACGACUCUGUAGAAGCAAUUUGAAGACGGACAGCCUAAUGAUUGAACACAGUCUGACAGUUGAACACAAUCUGAUGGAUGAUGAUUAAUGAUGAUGGAACACAAUCAGACGGUUGAUGACGGUUUGACAACAAUCUGAGGGUCGAAUACAAUCUGUCGGUGGAUCCAACAACAAUCUGACAGUUGACAGUAAUCUGACUACAAUCUGAGUCUGCAGAAAAACCAAGCACAACAUAGUUCAAAGCCCUUCGGCCAUGAGCCAGACACCCCCCUCCCUUGUCACCCGUGCUAUCAUUUAUAGCUGUCCCUUCUAGAGCGUCCCUUUCAAAGCUCCGCUGGCAGGGUCGUCUGCUACGACUGACGAUACACCCUACACAUUCGGUAAUCUCCUUAGCUCACUCAAUCUUAGUCACUAACAGCAGAAGUCCCUCCCCACACCACACACACAUGUACAGAGACCUCCUCGCAGCCACAUUCGAUCACGUAUUUCGUACGUACUGGCCAGCUUAGAUUACAAAAUGCAAAUGAUUGCACGUCAAUUGUCCACCUCCAGUCACGGACUCGAGCUGACACUGAAGAAAAAAGUCUUAAGUCUCUCAAAAGAUAAGCUCUUCACGCGACAGCUUGUUACAUGAGAAGAUGACAACAACAGUCUGAAGUCUCAGAUGUGAGAGUGAAGAGCAGGAAAAGGUGUGUGGAGAGGAUAGGAGACAACACCAUAUUCCUAUGCCACCUAGAGUGAUGUAAAAGACAUUGUCGAUUUUUCGGUCAUCACGGACGGACAGAUUUCCCGGCCAAUCGACGGCUGAUUCGUCUGGCCUCCUUUUCAUCGUUAGCUCCGCCCAGGCACAAACUGACUGCAGCCACACUUUGAUGUCGCCGCACGCGCACUCCGCCUGCUUUUGCCAGUCGCACAGAUGAGACUGCGUUCUCCUGGCUCGCAGACGUUGUGUCGGUGACAAUGUGGCUCACCAAGCAAGGCAUUUUGUUGGGCGUGAGCGAAGAAGAAUUAUUACCAUCUAAAUGCAAAUAUAAAGUUAUGCAGGUUAACUUGCCUACUAUGAGAACUUGACAACAGAGCGGUAAUUUUACCAGGAGUAUUGCUGUGCUGAAAACAAUAUUCCGAUGCCGUUCUGGUGACAUCUUUUGGUGCACACUGCGUCACAUUUACUAGCCGUGGAGACCAAAGGUGUUGUGGCGACUGAGUUCCACGCGAAGCUGCUUAGUAGCGCCUUGAGCGAUGUCUGUCGGUGACAUCAUCAGUUGCUUUAAUCGCUGUCAGCAAAAUGAGACAAAGUGAUCUACUGAUUGGGGAAUUUACCAAACACAAGCACCGCCUUUGACCAUAACUAUUUCUAACCUUGGACAUGCGUUUCUGCUGGAAUGUUGAUUUCUUGCUGUCGGCACGGUAUCAUCGCUUUACAUGCAAUAUCAAUAUAUAAAGAAAACCCUGGCUUGGUUUACGAGUAUAAAAGCUUCGACGACCGUCGCAAGUGGCGGAGCAUCAGACGAUCUAUGAAGAGGCCUAUCAAGUUGUAAUCACUUCGUUCCUAGACUGCUCACUACCUUGGAGAAAAAGUAGAAUUCACCAUGCUGUCACUUCUCUUCAUGAUCUUUCUUACUUCUUUUUCUUUGCGGCAUUCUAAUCUGUCAGCCAAUGCACAAGAACUGAUAUUUGAAGUGUUGGAAGAAAUACCACCCAGUUACCUAGGAAACAUUGGUGUAAAAGCCAAUUUAACCUCAGUGUUGGGUCAGCAGGAACUCUUGGCUUUGCAAUAUACCAUCGUGGACGUCAGUUCCAGUGCUCAUAACCCAUUCUCAGUGUCACCGACAUCUGGUGAUCUGUACACAGAGAAGUCAUUAGAUCGAGAAGGUCUUUGCGGCACCACUUCGGUGUGUACGGUUCGUUGUGACGUAGCCGUGCAGUCAGCCAGUCCGGAAUCAGCCUUUUUCAGAAAAUUUUCACUAGUUGUGUACAUCUUGGAUGCCAACGACAAUGCCCCUGCCUUCUCUCAGUCCAGUUUCGAGUGGAAAUAUUCUGAACAGACGCCGGUUGAAACUACUUUUGCGCUGCCGACUGCAAAUGAUGUAGAUGUCGAUGAGCGACACAAAGUACAAAGGUACACCCUGGAGCCCAAAAUCGACACUUUCAAUUUAAAUGUUUUGGCGUAUGAGACAUUAUCAGGAGAACAUCGCUUGUCAGUGUUCCUGAGGAUCUCACAGCCUUUGGACAGAGAAGUUAACCAACUGUAUAGCUUCUCUUUGAUAGCAUUUGAUGGUGGCAGUCCUAUUAAAACAGCGACUUUGCCAAUUACUGUCAAUGUCCUCGAUGAAAACGACAAUGAACCAGUUUUUGAUCAUGCGCAGUACACAAGAGUUCUGACUGAGGGAACUCCCACCGACUCCGUGGCCUUAGUUGUGAAUGCUCGAGACCUUGACGAGGGUGACAACGGAAGGAUUUCGUUCCACAUCUCUGACACGUCAGACACCUCAAUAAAGUCUCUGUUCUCCGUGAAAGAAGACACAGGGGUCAUAACAGUGAUCGGCUUACUGGGGACAAGAGGUGGAAAUACUUAUGAUUUCGAGGUCCUCGCUAGAGAUGCAGGCAUACCUCAACUGAGUUCAACCUGCAGAGUAAUCAUAGAGAUUCAGGAUACCCGCAAUGAUAAACCAGAAAUGGAGGUGAAGCCCCUGUUCAGCCACAGUGGGGCAGCAGUAGUUCCGGAGUCUGCUGCCAUCGGUAAGGUGACUGCGCUUUUGACCGUCGUGGACCAUGACUCUGAUCGCAACGGACUGGUAAAUUGCAAUUUGGACAACCCACGCUUCUCUUUGCAAACUCUAGAGCUAAACGAGUAUAAGAUUAUCGUUGCACAGCCACUAGAUCGAGAAAAAGAAACGAACUACACUGUCGUCAUUACCUGUCGCGAUGGAGGCAAACCUCCACUGUCUACAGAAAAAGUGCUAAGGAUUGAAAUAAGCGAUAGCAAUGACAACCCUCCAGUUUUCAGCUCCAAAAAUUACUUUUUCAGCGUUGACGAAAACGAGGUGGUAGGAACGUGGGUUGGAAGUGUCACAGCAACCGAUGCAGAUUUUGGUGCAAACUCUCGCAUCGUGUAUAGCAUGGAAAACAAUGGGGAGACCUUUACCAUCGACACUAUGCUUGGAGAUAUUUACACCACCAGAUUCCUGGACCGAGAGGACAAGCCCAAGUACGUCUUUAUCGCCUACGCCUGGGACAGCAGUCCCAGUCCCCUCACGUCGACGACUACUGUAGUGAUAAACGUAGGAGACAAAAAUGACCUUCGUCCAGUUUUUGCAAGUAGUAGUUACAUAUUCCAAGUGCAAGAGCGCACGCCUAUUGGUACCGUUAUUGGUCAUGUGACUGCUACCGAUGGGGACAUUGGCCUUAAUGCACAGGUAGAAUAUUACAUGGUGACGUCAAGGUUAAUUCCACGAAUGCCCAUCGGCGUUAACGCCUCCGGGGUCAUCAUGGUGUCUGGGGAAUUGGACUACGAAGUAUCCAGCAUGUACACAUUCGUGAUAGCUGCUGUGGAUCUUGGAUUAUUGCCCCAGAACUCAUCAAUACACGUUACUGUGAAUGUAAUAGACAAAAACGACCACAGCCCCGUCAUCUCGUUCCCCAAUGUGGAUAACCCCACCGUCACCAUUGCCUUAGACACAGCUCCUGGCUCAGAAGUAGCAAAGAUUGUCGCUUAUGAUCUAGACAGCGGAACGAACGGCGACCUAACCUAUACCAUCUCUGUCAGAAACGGUAGUAACUUAUUUGUUGUAGAUCCCCUGACAGGAGUUAUCAGCCUCGGUCAUCAGAUACUUCCAAGUGACAUACGGUCGUACGACUUAGUAGUCAACGUCAGAGACAACGGCAUUCCGCAGAUGACGCAGCAGGCCUUGCUACAUAUCGAAGUUGUAUCUUCUGAUGAGGUCAAGCAGAUCGAUUUAAACAUGAAAAUUGUCAUUGCACUAGUCUGCAUUACGCUCGCACUUGCCCUGGCGGUUUUGACGACGCUGUUGCUCAUUAGAUAUUUUGAUCGUCAGAGGAAAGCAGCUACCGAAAGACACAAGCAUAGCAUCAUAAACAAGGCAAAAUACAAUGCGUGUACGGACAUGGAGCAGGAGGCCACUGCUGCUAGUACUUUAUUUAUUCCCCAAAAAGACCAAAACACCCUUGCUUCAGGCGGUAUUAACAUUACAAAAAAAAUUGUUACCUUUGAAAAAGAUAAAACUUAUGGGGAAGCCAAAGAUUGCGAAGAACAAGACAUACCGAAGCCACCAGCUAAAAAAGUGAGCAGAGAGACGUUAUGGGUGGAAUGUACUUCUGCGGGGAAUUUUUCAACGUUCAAGCCACCACCUAAACCAAAGAUCCUCGAGGAGCAGCAGCAACAAAGACUUUCACAGCAGGCUAACAGUAGACAAGCAAUGGACGCAGAUGUUGUCCACCAUGCACGUCGACAGCAAAAUGAACUUGUCAGAUCACUAAAAAGCACCCGUCCCCCAACAUAUCAACAGGCAACUGAACACCCUGAUAAGGACGUUGAAGUCUGGAGCAGCUCUUCCACUGAAACCAGUGAUAGUGGACAUGGUGGGAGUGAACUCGAUGUUUCAGUUGUCAAGGUUCAAGUGUGAAAGAUGACAGUUAUAAGGGAUUUCUCCCCAGCACACAUCUACUUUGAUGCCACUUCCGAAGCACGCCUGUUAUCAGCUGAGGGAUAAAUCCUGCAUUGAAUUUUGUUGCUUGCCUGUCUCACAAACAAUUGUGAUGCCACAAACAAGCAAUGCUGACUAGGACUAUAUAUUUACAUCAUUAUCUAAAUACCAACAUCAGUGUUAGCAUUUAAAUCAAGAAGUCUUCAGCCAAGUAUUAUGAUGUGUGCAAAUAAUCCUUUUAUCUUGGACAAGAAGUGCAUUUAUAAACGCAAUAUUUGACAACUGGACAAUAUUCUGACAAAUUUUUGAUCUGCUCACUUUGUUAAAAUUAAAUCUAUUUGAAUUUGAUUUUCAUUUCAGCAGUUUUGUUUUGAUCAGUCCAUUUUGAAGCACUUUUUAAAGGCAAUACAAUAAGAUUUUUUUAAAGAAUAUUUAUGGUCCUCUUAGUAAGGUGUGUGAUUAACAGUAUGCAAGGCUUAAGUGUCCCAUAUGCGUGGUUGUUGAUAAGCAAGUCCCUGAAAAGAGGCUAUAAGUACUUACUUUUGCUGAUUACCUGAAAGGCAAUAGAAAAUGCACCAUUUUACUGACUGUACUGUUGCUUAUGUCAAAUGGUCAAAUGGAAGACAAUGCAAUUAUAAGACACUGGCAUAUUAAGGUGUUUAUCUUUCUCAAGAUCUAAAAUGUGACCAUUAGAGCUUACAGUACAGCAGAGUGCAUUACCUGCUGGGUGAAAUGACAGUUUGACAGGAGAAGAGUUACAUUUUUAGCUGAUAAUUUGAAAGGCAAUAGAAAGGCAUCAUUUAUAACUGCACAGUUUUUCUUUUGGGGUCUGUAAUUAUUUUUUACCAUGAGGUAUCGUUUCUCUGUAUUACAAUACUGGGUACAUUUUUCUGGAACAAAAAAUGUUCAUUUAAGGGCUCCUGAAUUUAAUGCAUUAUUAAAGCUCACCAUUUUGUUUACAGGAAAAUUUGUAUAUUUAAUGCAUCUGACUACUUGACACCACCAUUUUGCAUUCCUUAUUUGUACACAAAUGCGGUAAAGUUAGGUUGGUUCACAGUUUACCACUUUCUUAGAACCAAAUAACUAUUUUAAUCACUUUAGCUUUCAAAAAUUAGAAACUGGAUUUAAAACUACUGACCUUUAUAUCGUUGUUAAAACUACAAAAACCAGUGAAGUACCACUGUAAAGACAUCAACAGACAUCAGUUCUAAAUCAAAUAUGAAAGGAACAUUUAUGAUUUUAAGUGUUGACUUGUUUACCUGUAAUAUACAGAUGUAAAAUACAUAUAUAUGAUAUAGAGAUCUUCAACUUGUACAUGUUUCCCAUUCCAGUUAAAUAAAAUUUCAUUUAUUUUCUAAAUCAAAUACUUCCAUGAACAAUAAUGAGUAAUUUACAAUUAUUUUGAAUUAGAUACAAUCAGUUUCUGGUUCAAUGUUUUAUUACUAAAAGUGUUUCAGCUUUUAUGGAUAUUUUUCUUGUUUGUCUUAAUUUAUAGCCAAACACAGCAUAAAACUGCAUUUUCAGAAUUUUCCUCUCAAAAGCAAUACAGAUUUUACAUAUUUGGUAAUGUUGCUUAAAUCACAUUUUGUCAAGUGCUGAAUAACAGCAAUAUUUGUUAUGCUAUUGAUAUAUUUUUGCUUGUAUUCAACCACUUAUAUUCAAGCGAGCAUCCAAGAAAUGCUAUGGACUUUAAUCAAGUGCUCAGAAUAAGAGCAUACAUCUGAAAUACUAUCUGCAAAUUCCCUACCCAAUGACUGAAAAAUACUGUUUUCCCAAAUCUAGGUGAAUACCCUAGCUCUUCCAUUCUCCAGAUACAGACCUACAAAUAUCACCAUUUACAGAAAAAGUUAAAUACUCUGCUCUCAUAUUUGUACGCAGGUAUCCCUAAUUAUAACUUAUGGUCCCAGCUUUCCCAUUGGCUGAAACUUUUGCAGCUAAAGCAUAUCCAAUUCAAAAGUUUAUUUUGUGGGUCUUUUCUGUGCAUGAGGAUAUGUGUAGGUAUGUAUCAGAACAGAAGGGGGCUAAUUGCCCACUUGUGAGGAACAGUAUCUUAGACUGGGCUUUAUCUAGUCAUUACAAAAAAUGUAAUCCUCACUAGAUCUUUAAUAAGAAAUAUUUUCAUCAGCUAAUAAUCCAUUGCAAGUAAGCAAAUGGUUUAGAUAUAACCACUCAGAUGCUUCCUCAUUCCUGCUGUUCUUUAUGACAUGAAAAAGUACAUGUUAAAUACAGAAAAGAUCAGCUAAAAUAGAAUAACAAAUUUUCAGCCUUUUCCCUAUCAGAAGCUUUUUGAUUUUCUGUGCCUCAUUUAAAACAAUAUGAAAAAUAUUGUUUUAUAUCAUAUGAAAAGUAUCUAGCAGAUUCAACCAUUUCCCACAAUGGUCUAUGUACACAUGGUAAGUCUUUUAUUUGUGCAUGUUUAUUUGUAUGAAACAUUUCUGGUGCUCAAAUUUUUUGAGUGAUUUAUAUGUGGACUGAUGUGAAAUCGUAUUCACAUUUUCUUGUUUUUGUGAAUAAGACAGGAGGUGAGAUGAGCAGGAGCACUUUCGUUUUUGGUCUUUAAUACUGAGUCGUUGUUUACUCACAAAAAUGUAUGACUAAAAAAAAAAAUUUAUUGAAUUUGGUACUUUGAUCACCAGAUGGAUAAGAAACUGACUAAUUAACUAAUGUCUAUUUUUCAGCAUGUGCUUGAAGAUGUUUGCAUGCACAUGCUUUGUGCAUAGUAUGUAAAUAAUAUGAUCACUUAAAAACAAUAGCAGUCUGUUAAAUUUGUCUGCUGUUAAGUUCUUGUGCAGGUCUGUGCAGAUAAGUCUUGCAGUCAUAUCACAUACCACUGGCGAAAUGUAAAUAUUGAUUUAUAUUGCAAAGUGUUUCUUGAUACCCAUGCAAGUGUCUAAUUUUCCUGUAUUUUCAUUUACUCGGGUUGCUCAGCUCAAACUUCUUUGUAUUAUAUGCAACUUCAAGUUUUGGAAAGUAUAAAUGGGGGAGUAUUAUGAUAAAUCCUAAAAUCUGUACUCAUGAUUAACAAAUACCUUUGUUAUUUGCAAGUAUUGAAUGAAAAGGGGUAGUGAGAUUAAGACAUGAUUCCUAUCAUUAACCAGUCAUCUAGUAGGUUUCAAGGAGCAUAAUAGCAUAUAAUUAGCAUAUAUAAGGCUUAAUUUAUGAAGAAAUUUCCCUCAUGAACUAAGGAGUUUCUAGAUGUUGCUGUCAAAGUAACUUUUAUUAUUGCUCCCAGAAUGUCAGGAUAAGUUUGUUCAAAGCAUUUUUUAGUUUUGGAUUGUAGAAGUGUUUUGAACAGUUUCAGCAACCUUCUUGUGAGAUUAAGGUCGUGUUUAAUAUUCUGAAUAAAAACUACCAUUAUGUUUUUAAUAAAUGUUAUGGCCACUCUACAAUUUACUAUGGUAGUCUUUUCCUUUUCUUUAUCUGUUAAUUUAUAUAAAACUGCCAAAUAGGCUGUGUAGAUCUAGUUUUAAGUAUAUUACAAAGCCAGAUUUUUAUUCUACAUGGGUUUUAUUGCUCUAUAACAAACCUCAAGAUUCGUGUUCAGUUAAUCCAUUCUUUUGCAAUCUAACAAUCAGUCAUCUUUGUACAGGAAAGUUGAGAAGAAAAAACUAUUUUUGUAAGUUUGUAUCUGAAGAAAGAAACUGUAAUCAAGUUAGCGGUGAAUGACUUUUCCAAGACAUUUGUUAUUUUAUUCUUGUUAUGUAAAAGAUUUCUAAUGGUGCACAAUUCUCUCACUAUACUGUUCCUAGGCAGCCCACACAAACAUGUUUCAGCAGGAUAUCUUACUUUUUGUGGUUUUCUCAAUAUGUAUACAGGUUAUGCCAUUUACGUGAGGGAUGUGUUCCACAGAGAACACACGCAAUGUAGAAAAGUCCUCGCUUAGAUAAUAAUAGACACGAUCAUAUCCAAAUACAUUGAUGUAUGUUCUAGAAUAUUAACUACUAGUAAAGAAAAAACAGCAAUAAUUUUGGCAUUACAAUCGUGAUCUCCAACACUUUAGAAAGAAAGAAAAUGGCUUUCUGUCUUGUAUUUCUUAAACAUCAUCUUUUAUUCAAGAUCUUUUGUUUAAAUUACUUAUCUUACUAAUUGAACUUAGCAACAACAAAAAAAGUAAUAACUGUAAAAAUCUUGAAUAUAGUCAUUUGACAGGCCCAGGACGAAGUGAAUACAAAAAGGUUUUUCAAAAGCACCACAAAAUACUUGUUAGUGAGAGGACAAAGACAAACAAUUACAGACGCCAACUUCUUUCUAUGUAUUUUCACCCUGUUAACUUCAUUACUGGCUGUAUCACCAGCAAUAGCAAAACUACCCACAGAUAAUGCUAAAAUUAAACUGACACACAGAAGUCAAAGUUGUUUUACAAAAAGCAAAGGGCUUUAUUUCAAAUCCAUAUUGUUUAAACCAGGGAUGCCCAACCUACGGCCCGCGAAACUUCUG